AUGGACGUAGGAGAAAUGAAGACGUGCGGAAACUGCAAACGGGAUAUACCAGCAGUGAACUUCACAAUUCAUACUGUACACUGUGCAAGGAAUAUCGGCAUGUGCCCUGUCUGCAAGGAACCGUUUCCCCAUUCUGAACUGCAAGAACAUCAUGAGAAGAUGCAUAAACUAUUGCCUUGUAAGCAGUGUGGAGAUAGUGUCUGUGGAACAGAUUUGGAGGAUCACAUCAGAGACUCCUGUGCGCACACAAUGCAGACAUGCAGAUACUGUAACUUGGAUGUUCGUCGCGGAGAGAUGCCCGCGCAUGAGCGUUACUGCGGCGCACGCACGGAACAAUGUGAGGAAUGUGGUGAAUGGGUUAUGUUGAAGUACCGUCGAUUGCACACUGAAUCCAACCAUGGGUUUAUACGAUUGGAUGAUGAUCCAGUACCAUUUAGACGAGACAAACCAAAGAAGGUUAUAAACGACUGGCCACAAACAAACGGAAUAAAAAAACAAAACAUCAACAAUGGGUUGAAUCGCAUGCCAGAACUACGUGAUAUACAACCAAGUACUUCAAAACCAAGUCUUGCUAAUGUGCCGGUCAAUGCUUUUAAGGAGAAUAUAGAACCGAGGCCGUCUAGUUCUACCAACGGAGCAGUCCCAAAACCAAAGAGAACUAAUGAUCAGCCACAGAUUAAUACAGCAACUAUGCCUACCAAUAAAGUUAAGAAUAUGACUGCAUCUCGGGGUGCGAUAAAGAAGCGCCCUGCCCCUAAGCCUCCCGCAGUCGCCCCAAAUCCAGACCCAAAGCGUGACUUGGCCCUAACAGGCGCUCUUCAAAGACAACAAGAAGAGGAAAGAGAACGCAGAGAAAGAAGCGAGCAGAAUGUUGUUCGCGGAUUGCCUCCAAUACUAAAUCCGUUAGAAAAACUGGAGAAAUUGAGGAAAAUGGACGCUCUUCAGAACAGAGAAGUAGAAGACCAGAGCUAUAAAGACAAGUUGAAUGGACGCGUCUGGAUGAGCAGGGACGUUCCCAUAGGAAAUUUGCUGGGGGCGGGACCAAGUGAACCUCCUAACAACCUGGAAACAGAGAGACGUCGCAAUUUACCCUUACAAAAAGGAAAUUCAGAAAGACAGAAGAUAAAACUCAAAAACCUGAAGCCUAUGACCGAAGACGAGUUUAUAGAGAGAUUCAACUACUUGCAUAUGAAAGAGCCACCGAGGAAUAGAGAGGACCGGUUUAGUCAGAUCAAGUCGUCUCUUAGGGAACUAAGGCGGGGUUUGAAUGAGGUAACAGCGCCUUAUAAUGCAAAUUCUAAUGUGGAUUUGAAUCAGAACCGUAAUACGCCCUCACCAGACGAUGAAGUAAAGUUGCCUUGCGAAUUUUGUGGAGCACCAGUGGCUGCUGAUAUUCUAGUCCAGCAUCAGACCGGGUGUCGUCCGGACCUGGCCCGUUUAGACGUUCGUAAAGUUAGAGGGUCCCCUCCGCCCCUUAGCCCCGUCACCCCUCCAGAUUCACCCCCACAUGGAGCAGUGAUUCCUUGCGAGUUUUGCGCGAAAUCACUGCCUAUAUACCUCAUCAGUGAGCACCAGGAACGCUGCGGACGUGAAUCGAAUUUACUUUUUGCGGAUUAA